AUGACCAUGCACUCCAAGCUCUCCCUUCUCGCCCUCGCGGGCGCUGCGGCCGCUGCUCCUCCGGCUUAUGGUGCUCCUCCGCCUCCAGCUUAUGGGAUCCCGACCACCACGGCCUCGACGACCUACGCUUGCAACCCAGCGCAUUUGUAUCCCAACGGAGCGACUUGCGUUUCUCAAUCCGGCGCGCUGACUCUUGUCACUCCGGCUCCCACAGCUUCCACGACGUACGCUUGCAAUCCAGCGCAUUUGUACCCCAACGGCGCCACUUGCGUUGUCCAGAACGGAUCUCUUACACUCGUCACUUACUCCGUCGACAUCCCGGAGUCUAGGACUGCUUCAUCCUCCGUUGAUGUACCAGUGUCAAGGACUGCUUCAUGGACCGUCGACGUACCAGAGUCGAGGACUACUUCGUGGUCCGUUGACGUACCAAUAUGGAGGACUGCUUCAUCCACCGUCGACGUACCCGAGUCUAGGACUGCUUCGUGGAGCGUCGACGUACCAGAAUCGAGGACUACUUCAUGGUCCGUCGACGUACCCGAGUCUAGGACUGCUUCAUCCUCCGUCGACGUACCCGAGUCUAGAACUGCUUCUUGGAGCGUCGACGUACCAGAGUCGAGGACUGCUUCAUCCUCCGUCGACGUGCCAGUAUGGAGGACCGCUUCAUCCUCCGUGGACGUACCCGAGUAUAGGACUGCUUCGUCCUCUGUCGACGUGCCAGUGUGGAGGACUGCUUCGUCCUCUGUCGACGUGCCGGUAUGGAGGACUGCUUCGUCCUCUGUCGAUGUGCCGGUUUGGAGAACUGCUUCGUCCUCUGUCGACGUGCCGGUAUGGAGGACUGCCUCCUCCUCUGUCGACGUACCCGAGUAUAGGACUGCUUCGUCCUCUGUUGACGUGCCGGUGUGGAGGACUGCUUCGUCCUCUGUCGACGUGCCGGUAUGGAGGACUGCCUCGUCCUCUGUCGACGUGCCGGUGUGGAGGACUGCCUCGUCCUCUGUCGACGUGCCGGUGUGGAGGACUGCUUCUUCCUCUGUCGACGUACCACAGUGGAGGACUGCUUCUUGCCCGCCCCAGGCCACUGUAACCGUCACUAAGACUGUCUAUGCUGGCUCAGCCCUUCCUCCAACUACCACUGCCGCUCCCACUCAGUCUACGUACGCCUGCAACCCAGCACACCAGUACCCGGCCGGCCAAAACUGCAUCGAGAUCAACGGCACUCUGACACUCGUGACCGGAGGCUCUCCAGCCGCAACUGCUCCCAUCACUACCAGCUGCUCCUAG